AUGACGCGCGCCCAGCAGACAGUCUCAAUUCUCCUUUUGCUUUCCUCUCUAUAUCUCGCCCUAUACCUCGGCCUCAUCCCAAUCAAUGAAACAGUUCAAACAGAAAUUGUCCCUGUGCUCCCCUUUUACGGCCUGAUCGUAUUAGCAUGCUUCCUCGGCGCGCGACUCGGAUACAUGAUCUUGACCUUCAACGACGUUCCGCAGGAGUACGAGUCGCUUCAAAAGGAGAUUGAACAGGCAAAAAUUGAGUUGCGCAAGGCAAAUGUUGAUGUGGAUUAA